AUGCCGCCACGGAAAAGCGGUGCAUCGACCGUGUCUGCGACAGAGGCAAAUGGUGACGUCUCCACACUGUCCACUGCAACGCACGCAACGGCUUCGUCCUCUACGCAGCAUGCGCAUCCGAGAUCGUCAAGGCAAUCAGGGGGAAAGCAAGAUGAUGGCGUGAGCAUAGAUGUGGGUGCACUCCCGACUUCCCGCAUUUCGGGCUGGCGGCGCAAGAGGAUCGCCCUGGAUCAGAGCAAUCCUCAUAGCUCCUCUGGGAUUGACCUCCUUCUUCCCCGGUCUCUUGUAUCUCGUCUGUCUCGCGGAGUUCUCCCUCCCAACACCUCUCUACAAAAAGACGCCCUUCUUGCUCUUACCCGCUCCGCCACCGUCUUCAUCUCUUAUCUUGCCCACCACGCGAACGAACAAUCGCAACUACGGCAUAAGAAAACACUCGGUGUGCAGGAUGUCAUGGCAGCGUUGAAGGAGAUUGAGUUUGCGAAUGUGAUGGAUCUUGGCGCCGUGGGGAAGGAUGGCAGGACUGGCGGAAGACUGGAACGGCAGGUGGAGGUCUACGAGGAGAUCAUUGGCAAGAAACGGAGGGGUUACAGAGAGAAAGUCAAAGCCCGGGAGUCUGGUGGCGGAGCAGCAGACGGAGAUGGGGACGCCGAAGACAGAGGAGAGCCGAGCAACAAGAAGAUUCGGCGGACGAGCGCCGAAGAGGAAGAUGAAGAGGAGAGGAUGCUGGAGCAGCAACUCAACGGGACAGUCAGCAACGAAGUGGCACCAGCUGCCGCCGAGAAAGCGAAAGCGAAGAGGAAAAGUCGCGACAGUCAGUCAAUUUCGGUUGUUGUGCGGAAUGGGAAGGGAAAAGGGAAACCUGAUUCAACCACCCGAGAGGAUGGGGGACACGGGAACCAAGGCGGAGACGAAGAUGUCGAGGAAGCAGACGACGACGAGCACGAGGAAGAUGAGGAAGGGGACGAUGAGGAUGAGGACGAUGACCAAGACGACGAAGACGAGGAUGAGGAACAGGACGAUGAGGACGACGAUGAGACCGGCGCCCAGCACGGCGAUGGCGAUGACGAUGAUAUUGAGAUUGACGACUCGAGACAAGCCAACGGUCGCCUCCUCCCCGACGGAAACGUCGAGAUUGGAAGCGACGACGAGAGCGAUUGA